AUGUUGUAUGAGCUGAUUGCCAUUGUCCGCCCGGGCAGCCUCAACGAGGUGCGAGAAAUCGCCCGUAACGCCGGUACCCAGGUCAUCCGCUCCGGCGGCGUCGUCCGCGGCUUCACCAACUGGGGCGCUUUCCGUCUACCCAAGGUCACCACGAAACAUCAAGCCCGAUACAGCGAGGGUCACCAUUUCAUCAUGCGCUUUGAUUCUUCCGGCUCUGUUCAGUCGUCUAUUCGCCGUACUCUUGGACUCGAUCCCCGUAUGAUCAAUUUCGCUGUGAUCAAACUCGGUGACAAACUCGAGGAGAUCAAGGAUAUCGAUGGCAAAGUCCAGUGGAACAACGUUUCCACCAUUGCCGAUCAGAUCAAAUCUUCAUCAGUGAGGGAAUAG